AUGGCGUAUGGAAAGCUUGCCUUAGUGAUAAUAGCAGUUGCCAUAGCAACACUUGCACAGCUGGAAGUUGACGAGGAUCCAUUAGUGGUGGAGAGACAUGUUACCAUUCCUAGAACCAAAUCUGAAGUGUUUGAUUAUGUUGCUAAUAUUGAAAAAAUGACAGAGGUUGAAAGAAUGAGGAAAGUUGUUCCUUUAGACAACCCAUCUAAAGCCAAGAAAGCAUUAGAGUUGGAUAGUAUGACAGUAGAGACCUUUAAACGGCAACAUUUAACAUCAAAUGCUGCUCGUGAAGCUAUAAAUGCAGCUGUUCGUGUCAUGUUUGGUAUGGAGUGUUGUGAAAUGUCAGUACUUUAUUUCCUUCAUUAUGCAAACUCUGCUGGUGGUCUUACUGCAUUAAUUGAAGCAAGUGAGGGCGCUGGUCAAGAAUUCAAAAUAAAGGGUGGAGCACAACCACUUAGUGAAAAGUUAGCAGACAAGAUAGGAAGAGAAAAUGUCUGGUUGAAUGAACCUGUUGUACAAGUCAACCAGGAAGACAGAUCUAAAGUAGUUAUUACAACAGCAAGUGGUAAAACUGUUUCAGCAAAACGAGUUAUAAUGUCUGUCCCGCCUAACUUUGUAGUUAAAAUAGAUUUUUGUCCAUCAUUACCAUUGGAUAAAAGGAGUCUGUUACAACGCCAGCCAAUGGGACAUCUUAUAAAAUUCAUAGCAACAUACAGUAAUAAGUUUUGGAGAGAAAACGGUCAGUCUGGUGAAGUUGUAUGUAGCUAUGGUGACCCAGUAUUAGCCCAUGACAGUGGGCCAUUAUGUUUAGUUUAUGAUGCAACUAGUCCUAAUGGUAACCCAGCACUUGUUGGCUUCCUUGGCAAAUCAAGAGAAUGGAGUAAAAGAAGUUCAGAAGAACGAAAAAAAGCUGUCUUAGAUCACUUGAUGCAGUUUUUUGGUGAGAUGGCAGGGACUCCUAUUGAUUAUGUAGAGAAGGUGAAGUAUUACCAUAUUUCAGUUAUGUAA